AUGUCCCCUCCGUCGUCCUCCUCAUCUUCAAGAGCGAUACAACCCGGCCAAGUUGGCUCGACUGCACCAAUAGACCUGGCAAUCGAGUCAGUUGAUCUUACCGGCGUCGACGAUAAUGCUAGUCUCUCCGCGGCUCUGGCAAAACAACAUCAGGAUGCCAUCCUAUCUCAAAAUUCAGGCACAGAUUCUGGCCGAACACCGUUAACAGCAUACAAAUGUCCUGUGUGCAUGGAUACCCCGACCGACGCGACCUCUACGGUCUGUGGCCAUGUCUUCUGCCACCGCUGUAUCAUGGACACACUGACUUGGUCUAUUGAACAACGUCGUGAGGAUGCCCCUCCUAAUCGCAAGGUUCGAGGGGUUUGUCCCGUCUGUCGAAAGCAACUCGACACAAAAGAUACCCCCGGGGCUGCCAGAAGUUUGAUCCCGCUGGAGCUCAAAUUCCUGGUGAGGAAGCGGAAAAGAGAUGACAAGGGCAAGGCGAAGAUGGUCAAGGCCGAAACUCUGAGUGGUGACGAGGGCGGGGACGAUCAAAUAGGCAGCGAGAAGGAGAACGUGCGGGCAGGCAAGGCCAGAAAGAGGGAGUCUACUGCGGAUGCGUUCUGGAGCCAGUUCUUGGCUGAUUGA